AUGAACUUGGGUGUUCUUUCUGCGCCUCCCAAGUGGAGACUACCCGCGGCUCUCAGCAGCCGGUGCCUCUCUCCAGCAGCAGCAGCAACAGCAGCAACAGCAUCAGCACCAGCACGUGCAGCAGCAUCAAGAGCAGCACCAGCAGCAGCAACAGCAGCAGCAGCAUUUCCUGUGUUGAGGUGUAUAGGCAGGUUCUUCUCUUCUGCUGCAGGAGAAUUGCCAACUCCGCUCUUUUCAGGCGGCCGUCUCAAACCCCAGAAGCGGCUUUUCGCCCCAACGCUAACAGAAGGUAAAUAUGCGGUGCUGCCCGCCCACGAAAUUCCGCGGGGCCUCCGUCGCCCUCCCUACGCUGUUGCAGCAGAUGGGAGGCCUCAGACACCUACUGCUGCUGCUGCUGCUGCUGCUGCUGCUGGUGAUGCUGCUGCUGGAGAAGAAGAUGGAGAAGAAGAGUUGUUUAAAGACCCACUUAAUUGGGCUGUUGACGAGGCGGGUGAAGUUCAGACAGCAGAAAAUAUCAAAAAAAUACGCAAAGUUUGCGAAGUUGCUGCUGCCGCCCUUCGCCUCGCAGUUAAUAACGCCAAACCCGGAGUAACUACGGAGGCAAUUGACGGCGCUGUUCAUCGCUUUUUGAUUUCGCGCGGUGCUUAUCCGGCCGCGGAGUGCUUGGAGGUGGCCAUUCGGUCUGUUAAGCCAGGAAGGCCCAUAGGGGAAGUAGGCAAAGUCAUUCAGUGA